UUUCGGCCCGAAAUGUCACUGUCAUCAUUGAAAUUAUUGUUUUUUAUAAUUUUUCGCAACACUUUACACGAAUCAUCGUCAAUUUCGUCAUUUUCAAUGUUGUUUCUGGUAACAUCCUACGUUUCAAUGUUGACACAAUAAGUUGUCGCUUAUUAAGAUGGUUUAUAUUGGAAGAGAUGGAAGGGUACUUCAACAACAGCCAUGGAGUAUUCAAAGAGUGGUUCAAAUGUUUUAUGGAUUUUUUGCUGUUGUCUUGAUGUUCUUAAGAUCCCUAUUUGAGCCGGUCACGAGAGCUAUUGACACAGCCAAAUCUCAGUCUAGACGUAGUGGUGGUGGUGGUGGAGGAGGAGGAGGUGGCGGCGGUGGAGGUGGUCGUGGAGGACCGCCUGGUCCACCUCGUCGAAUAGGACGCGUUACAACACUUUCCGACUGUACGAUUCCUGGCGGUGGGUGAGCGCGGUAAUGUGUUUUGUAGCGUUGUAGCUUAACGUGCAAAACACAGACACACCCAUAGUUUAAUCAACGAAUCUAAAAAGUUUCAUACUUUACUAUGACGAACAAGUUCCAAACCUCAUCGCAGGCGGACUUGAUCUGAAGAAUAGUUUCGCUUGGUUGAAUUCUAGAUGCAUUGUGGACGGAUUGCAUGAAUCAUCUAUAACUCAAAGACAUUAUAGUUUUGUGCCAUCGGUUUAUUAUGUUAAUAAAAUUACUUACACUUAUACAUUGUAUAUUCCCUGGAAUUAAACUGUAAAAAUAACAUUCGUUAAAUCAAUAAAUAAUUGGGCUGAGAUA